GUCGCAGCUCCCUCAGUCCCUGCUCUCUGCCUCCUUUCAGCUGGGCCCUUGCUACCUGUGCCUCUGGUUGCCCUAGCAACCAUGAGCCGCCAAUUCAGUUCUCAGUCUGCAUUUAGCUCAAGGAGCAGGAGGGCCUAUAGCACCAGGUCUUCAGGCUUUGGAGGUGGGAGACAGUCUCUGGUGUCUGUGUGUCAGUCGAGGAGGUGUGGAGGUGAUUAUGGUGGUGGGUUCGGUUCCAGGAGUCUCUACAAUCUGGGUGGCAGUAAAAGCAUCUUUGGGAGCCUAGUGGGGCGAAGUGCCAGUGGUUUCUGCCAGAGUAGAGGGGCAGGAGGAGGAUUUGGAGGAGGAAUUGGGGGAGGAAGAAGUUUUGGUGGAGGUGGCUUUGGGGGUGGCUAUGGUGGAGGUGGCAGAUUUGGGGGUGCUGGAUUUGGCAAUUUUGGGCUUGGGGGCUUCGGUCCUUCUUAUCCUCCUGGCGGGAUCCAUGAGGUGACUAUUAACCAGAGUCUCCUGGAGCCCCUUCACUUGGAGGUGGAUCCUGAAAUUCAGAGGAUCAAGACCCAGGAGCGGGAGCAGAUCAAGACUCUCAACAACAAGUUUGCCUCCUUCAUUGAUAAGGUGCGCUUCCUGGAGCAGCAGAACCAGGUGCUACAGACAAAAUGGGAACUGCUGCAGCAGGUGAACACCUCCACUCGAACCACCAACCUGGACUCAAUCUUUGAGGCGUUCAUCAAUCAGCUGCAAAGGCAGGUGGAUGCUCUGACCACCGAGCAGUCCCGCCAGAACAAUGAGAUCAGGAGCAUGCAGGAUAUCGUGGAGGACUACAAGAACAAGUAUGAGGAUGAAAUCAACAAGCGGACCAAUGCGGAGAAUGACUUUGUUGUUUUGAAGAAGGAUGUGGAUGCUGCUUUCAUGAGUAAAUCAGACUUGCAGUCCAAAGUGGACACACUGUAUGGGGAGAUCAACUUCCUGAAAUAUCUAUUUGAUACGGAGCUGUCUCAGAUACAGACAGAGGUCAGUGAUACCAAUGUUAUCUUGUCAAUGGACAAUAACCGCUCCCUGGACCUGGACAGCAUCAUCGAUGCCGUGCGUGCCCAGUAUGAAUUAAUUGCACAGAAGAGCAAGGACGAGGCUGAGGCCUUGUACCAGACCAAGUACCAGGAGCUGCAGAUCACAGCUGGGAAACAUGGAGAUGACCUGAAGAAUAGCAAGAUGGAGAUCUCAGAGCUCAACCGCAACAUUCAGAGACUGCAGGCAGAGAUCGACAACGUCAAGAAGCAGAUUGAACAGAUGCAUGGAUCCAUUUCCGAUGCAGAGGAGAGAGGAGAGAGGGCUCUCCAGGAUGCCAGCCAGAAGCUGAGAGAAAUGGAUGAGGCCCUACAGCAGGCUAAGGAGGAACUGGCCAAGAUGCUGAGAGAUUACCAGGCAUUGCUGGUUGCCAAGCUGUCCUUGGACGUAGAGAUCGCCACCUACCGAGAGCUUUUGGAGGGCGAGGAGAGCAGGAUGUCGGGGGCGCUGCAGAAUCAAGUGAGCAUCUCGGUGCAGAGUAGCCAGGUGACCAUUGGCGGUGGCUCAGGAAGUUACGGUGGCAGCUCCCGCGGAGGCGGCGGCGGCGGCAGAGGAGCAGGCUCCCGCGGGGGCGGCGGCAGCGGCGGAGGAGGGAGCUACGGCUCGAGCAGCAGAAGCAGCAGCAAAUACAGCAGCGGCGGCGGCUCCUCCCGCACGCAGAUACUGCAGACCUCCACCCACAGCUCGCGGAGGCACGUGGUGGAGUAGCAGCCACGCCGCUACAUGUCUACCGCCUUCUCCCCCAAUCCCUCCCGGGCUCCCUCACCUAUCUUUUCCCAAUGGGUCUCAGCAAGUUUCCAGGUGACACUAGACUCUAGGAGAGGAAGAGACAGACACGCUCACGUAGGCACCUCUCCGCUGGUCUUGCCACUGUCCUGACCCUCAGGGGCUUUGUCCAGCAAGGAAGAAAAAGACCUUGGUGAACAACUUCACUAAGAACCUCAGUCCCAGGUCCCCGUUUCUAAACUGGGCUGCUCAGUAAACAAUAACCCAUCCCAGCCUACCGAAAUUAUUGCAAGGCAAGCUUGCUUAGAGAGGGGGUCUGUCUGAGCCAAGAGCCUUCGGACCCUUUGCUCUGUAGGAUUCAUGCUCUUUCACCAUGUCAGCAAGGGUAGGUCUGUUGUUCUGAUUCGGUACCUGUAGGCCAUGCCUGUGCUGAGCGGUGCCAUCCACUGGUUAACAGUCCCUGCCCAGCAGUUUAGUUGGUAAGGAGACUUAAGGGAGAUUGUCCCUAGCAGUGGGUGUGAUAGGAUAGGGUGGUCAAUCAAGUUCUGUUUCUGUCCCUUCCCCUUCCACAGCCCAGAGCCAGCCCCUUCCCUACUGAAAGUGCUCAAACAUGGGGCACCUGUGAGGCAGCCCUGCUCCAUGCAAUUGUCUGGGCCUGGGGAAUGAGAAUUAGUGACUUGGGUUGUAGAGCGAUCCAGCCUUGUGCCAAUUUGGAAAUGGCCAGGGUUUUUGCAAACAACCCAAGACUUGUUCUCAGACCUCCUCGGUCCCUCUGUUCUCUGAUUCUGAGCACCCUGUCAGACUUUGUCUCCUAAUUUAAAAUUUAAUUUACAGUUCUAUCAAAAACACCUGAGCUGUGCUGAGGGGGCAGGAAGAGGAAAGUAGCAGCCAAUGAACAGUCACGAGAGGGAAUGCCUUUGCUUCAUGUUCCAGAGACCCUUUCACUUGCUUGCCUAGUCCCUACAACCGCUGAGUCUAUAAUUCUGUCCGGGAGAGCUUCUCUGCAGGGGCUGUUGGGUAAUGCUUGUGACCUCACUUCCUGAUUGGAUGCUGAACUCUGAAGGGCUUGGCAGUUCUGGUUUUUUUUUUUUUUUCCUACAAUAAAUUUCUCUGUGAUUUCC